AUGUUAAGACGUGCGGCACGAAUGUCUUCAGUGGCUUUGCAUGCUGACAGAGGUCUAUUGGCCGCUCUAGUACCUGCUUAUAUAAGUAAUAUGAUGCGGUCAUUUCCUGAGGUUUCACAAAAUGUUGAGCUAAUCAAAGAGGUGAUCAGCGCUGAGGAAUCACAGUUUUGGAAAGUAGUGGACAGAGGCGAGAAGAUGUUCAACGAAGAAGCUGAGCGAUCGACGCGGAAA